AUGACAACUUCUCUGCCUUCUUGGAUUCCGUGUAAAUCCAACAGCAGCUUUUUUGCUCCGAAUUUUGGUCCGUACUUGUAUGAGCAACUCACAAAGCCUUCGGUGCUAUUUGAGUCAACUCAUGAAAACUUGCAAUAUUCAGACGAGGGUUUGAGUCUCAGCAUCAAUACUCGAGGCGACUCACCACAUAUCAAAACACAGCUCUUCAUGUUUCAUGGAAAAGUAGGGGUGGAUAUCAGAAGAGCUCCAGGACGAGGUAUCGUCUCGGCAUUCUACCUCAUCAGCGACGAUUUGGACGAAAUUGAUUUUGAGCUUUUAGGCGGAGACACGGAUCAAGUUCAAACAAACUUUUUUAUCAAAGGAAAUGUCUCCAACUAUGAAAGGGGAAUGGAUCACAAAAUCAACCCCGAACCUCUGUUUCAUCGUUACGAGAUAGAAUGGACUCCUCACCAUAUACGCUGGUAUGUCGAUCGAUUCCUACUCCGAGAGGUUCCACAUACAAAUCCACACGGAUUCCCAACGUCUCCCGUGAACAUAAACUUUAGUCUUUGGGCCGGAGGAGACUCCGAACUCAAUCACUGGACCAUCCAAUGGGCUGGCGGAUACACAAACUAUGACGAGGUACCUUUCACAAUGACUGUACGUAACCUUGUGGUUCAGGACUACUCCAGCAAAACUUCUUACUGUAUCAAUGGCUCCUGGAAUACAUCAUCAGCUGAUGCAUCGGAAGUUGCAGCCGUGGUUCCGCAACUUUGUUCGUCGACAUUGGAUCUGGGUACUGCAGACAAGACAGGACUUCUGAGAUCAACCCCACCAGCCACUUUCGAUACAAUUUCAAAACCUGUCCCAAAAACCUCUCCAUGUUCCACUUCCGUUAUUCCUACUUCCAUCACGCGCUACAAAAGCCCAGCAACAAAGCCAAGACCAUUUUUCUUUUGGUAUUGA